CUGGAGAGAUGGCAGCUGAUCGUAGAGGCAAACAGGUUGCAGAAACGGAGUUGUCCUCAGUGUCAAGUGGGCGCGUCGUUGGUACGCGGAGACGGAACAAAAAAACCACUACGGAAGAGAGUGACAUAUUACCGGUGGAAGACGGAGAUACCGUCGAUAGUGGUAUGCGGGGAGGACAUGCCAAAAAGAAGAAAGCAGCAGUGGAGAAUGUGGAGAUGGAUUCUUUGGAAGAGAGGCUCAUUGCAGAUGCUAGUGGUGUGUCCAUUGCCCCAACUAAAGUCCUGGCAAACAAAAAAAUUGCAGAUGAGUUGGAGCUGUAUAAGCUGAAGGCAGGCUGGCAACAGGAGAGGAUUGAUGAGCUGACCAAGGAGAGAGAUUUUCUGAAAGAACAGCUGGCAGCAGCUCUUAAAAAAGAUGGUGCAGCAUCCACCUCCACCCUGAACACAGCACCCAACUCCUCCCAGAAACGCAAGACUUCACGUUCCUCUUCUGACGGCUCAAUGGAAACGUCCUCCGACAGUGAGAGAGAGUCGGAGUCGGAGUCUGACUCUGUCUCGCCUGACUCGUCUCCGGACAAAAAGAAGAACAAGAAAGACAAGAAGAAGACGGGGAAAGGGAAAAAGAAGGUGAAAAAGUCGAAGGAAAAGGAGAUGGGCCCAAAGGCACGUCAGAGAGCCCUGAAUCCGAAGCAGGCAGUGCUCAGGUAUCAAAAAAUACUAAAGGCAUUCCGUAAAGGAGGGACCAUGGGUGCUGCGUUCUCAACCGUCGGUGUAGAUCGUAACACAGUGGUGGCCACUGCACCCAUUGCUGAGCUUUUUAUCGCUGCACCGAACAGAUACAAGGACAUCUUAGAUGGUCACAAAACUGGUCGUGUAAAACUAGCAGUGUUUGCUUCCGAGAGCUCUCUGGCAAUUGAACAGGAUUCUGCUAUAAAGGAGAAUGUGAAAACACUUAAAAACAACAACAAGCUGCUGCCCCUCAACAAGAAGUGAGCUUGGGCUAGGGUGCACUGUGAGAAUACCGGUCAAGU